AUGGGCCCGCCCAAGUCUGUCGCUCCCAAGGGCUGGCCGCCCGCCGUCACCUACAUCGUGGCCCCGCUGUACUCCAGAGCGUGCUCGCCAGAGCUGAUCAACCAGCUUCACACGCCGCCCGCGCAGCCAACGCCCCUCCGACCCCCGCCUGCGCCGUCGCCCUUGGUCCGCGUCACCCAGAUCAGUGACCCGUCGCACCCCGCCCACGGCCAGCACGGGCUCUUCGCCUCCCGCCAUCUCGCCCCCGACACCUUUGUUAUCCUGUACUUGGGUCUUGUUCACACCCGCACAGACGCCGAUCCCGCCUCUGACUAUGACCUGUCCCUGGACCGUGAGCUGGGAAUCGGCGUUGACGCCACGCGCAUCGGCAACGAGGCCCGCUUCAUCAACGAUUAUCGUGGCGUAGGCCCACCCGGCCCCAACGCCGAGUUCCGGGAGCUGUGGGUGGACCUGGGUCGAGGCGGCCUGGAGAAACGCAUGGGCGUCUUCGUUCUGAGCGCAGGGAAGAGCGGGAAGAGAGCCAAGGGCAUCGCCAAGGGCGACGAGAUACUAGUAAGCUACGGAAAAGGCUUUUGGAGCGAGCGCAGGAAAGAGCAGGAAGGUGAAUCCGAGUCGUCGCCAGCUACCCAGUAG